AUGGCAGCUCGUACUUUCGGGGCUCUCAAAAUUGCCGUCGAGAAACUUACAAAACUAUACUCCUGUCCAAUCCCGUCCCUUGAAACCGAAGAUCCAUAUCUUAAAUGUCCUUACCCUCGGAGUUAUACAAAUUCCACUGGUUUCAUUCAGGAAUUCCGGUAUGAUGAGACUCAAAUCCUCAGGGAUCAACUUAUUUUCUUCGGGGAAACCAUCGGUGAUGCGGCUGGGAGCAAGAUAUGCAUCAAGUUUGUCAGGCACUAUUCCCCUCAGGCUCACAAAUUCUGUGCCAGCAAGGGGAACGCCCCCAAACUUAUCGCCUACAAUUCUUUACCCGAUGGCUGGAAUCUGGUGAUUAUGGAUGCCCUUGGUGUUUUGGACUGUCAGCCGCUGAAGGAGACCAUCACCUGUCUCAUCCGGGAGUUACACAAUCACAAUGACGGCUAUGUGCAUGGUGACCUUCGAUAUACCAAUUUUGUUGUGCGAGACGAUAAACACUUCAUGCUUCGAUUGGGCCGGACCAAUCCAGAAGACGCAUUAUCCUAUGUAUGUCAAUCGGAAGGAUAUUCGACGGCCUGA